CUAGAACUGCUCAACUUGAAGCUGCUUCCACCUGUCUCGGGCUGUACCUACGAUGGAUAAGAUCGCAGGUGAAGCCUCAGCUGUUCUUGUGGAUCAGUUGUCGUCACUGGCUGUAACAAGCCAGUCCGCUGGAGAUGUCCCAGAUCAGAUCCCUCCACAUCUAUCGCAUGACCCGGCGAACAAUAUGAAGAGGACAGAUCCCUUCCAAUUUGGCUCCCGCUUACUCAGCGAGCAAGACAAUGUCUUUGAGUUCAAUGCCUGGGACCAUGUCGAGACUGACGACACUUACAAAGAAUAUGCAGAAUUACAGUAUGCUAAGCAACGAGAGUCUCCUGUCUCUGACUUUGACAAAAAUAGAUUCAAUUCAGAGCCUGCAAAGUGGUGGAAUAACUUUUACAAGAACAACACUGCCAACUUUUUCAAAGAUCGCAAGUGGCUUCAACAAGAAUUCCCUAUUCUCUCCCAGAUUACCAAAGCCGAUGCUGGCCCAAUAACGCUUCUCGAGGUUGGCGCUGGUGCUGGCAAUACGGCUUUUCCUAUCCUAGCCAAUAAUCAAAAUCCCAAUCUGAAAAUACAUGCGUGCGAUUUCUCCAAGAAGGCUGUGGAAGUGAUACGUGAGAACGAGGCAUAUAAUACGAAGCACAUUCAAGCCGAUGUGUGGGAUGCUGCCAGCGAGGUGCUGCCUCCCGGACUUGAGGAUGAGAGUGUUGAUUUGGUUAUCAUGAUCUUCAUCUUUUCCGCUUUGUCACCAUCGCAAUGGAAGCAAUCUGUCCAAAACACAUAUCGGUUACUGAAGCCUGGAGGCGAGGUCCUCUUCAGAGACUAUGGCCGUGGAGAUCUAGCUCAAGUGCGCUUCAAGAAGGGUCGAUAUUUGGAAGAGAACUUCUACAUUCGCGGCGAUGGCACUCGAGUGUACUUCUUUGAACGUGACGAGCUGGUCAAGAUUUGGACUGGCAAGGAGGCAGAUCAGCAAGAGAGCGCAGACUCUCUGGAGCCCACAGGAUUUGAGGUGCUUGAUCUAGGUGUCGACAGAAGGUUACUUGUCAACAGAGCGAAGCAGUUGAAGAUGUACCGGUGCUGGAUGCAAGGACGAUUUCGGAAGCAAGGCAGGACUGUCUCAAAAGAUGAUUCAAAUCCCAUAGAAUAA